GAUCUCACAACUUUUCAGUGUUGGGAAUGAAGCCAUUAGGUCCACGAUACAGAGUCUGGAGCUCAGACUGGAAAUAGAAAUGAACAGGAUACACGUGGGAGGGGAUUGGAGGCUCCACCUGAUGACCAGGAAGGGAUGGAUGUGCAAAGAGGAGAGGUCUGGAGCCAGCCCCGCGGGGAUACCUGCGCUCCACCACUGGGCAGUGGAGGAGGGGAGUGAGGCCUACGGGGCAGGGGAGGGCGGGAUAGAGCUGGGCUGGGGCCCGGGAAGACGGGUUAACCUGCACACGCCAGAAACGUCAGCCGUAUUUGUAUCAUUUCUAAUACAAAAUGGAUGCUCUGAGAUGCAUGACUGGUUGGGGAUAUUCAGGAUGGACCCUGGAGGGGAGGAAUCCAUUGCAGAAACUCCUCAGUCAGGUUUGCGAGAGCCUUUCUGACCCGCCCCCCUCCCAGCCCAACUUGUGUGUCUCCUCGGAGCUCCGAAAGGGACAUUUCUUGUUCUCUGCUCACCUCCUAGACUUGGAAAUGAGACCUGAAAUGAAAGAACCGGACCUAAAGGAGGAGACUUCGGAAGACAGACCAUCCGGGGCCUGGGGUACAGCCGUGGAUGGAGCGCGGACGCAGGGUGACAGGGUGGAGUCGCGGCGGGAAAGCGCUAGGACCUGCCCGAGGCGGCUGGAAAUCUCCCGGGAGUCGGCCCCCGAAUGUCGUGAGUUGCAGGCGUUCGUUAACCAGAGCCCCACCCCGGCGCCACCCUGGUCGGGGGGUCCGAGAGAAGCAGGGAUCCACCCGUUUGCCAUGCGGGGCAAGAACCUCGCAGGUAACUCGGACCUUGGUAAACUCUCCAGAGCGGACGUGGAGAAGAAAUCCUACGACUGCAGCGAGUGUGGCAAGGCUUUUGGUCGCAGCUCGUCGCUGGUCAAACACCAGCGCAUCCACACCGGGGAGAAGCCCUUCCAGUGCGACGUGUGUGGGAAGCACUUUCUGGAACGGUCGUCGCUGACCAUCCACCAGCGCACGCACACCGGCGAGAAGCCGUACGCGUGCGCGGACUGCGGCCGCGCCUUCAGCCAGAGCAUGAACCUCAUCGUGCACCAGCGCACGCACACCGGCGAGAAGCCGUACGCGUGCGGCGAGUGCGGGAAAGCCUUCCGGAAGACCUCCUCCCUCGCCCAGCACGAGCGGGUCCACACGGGCGAGAAGCCGUACGCGUGCGGCGAGUGCGGCAAGGCCUUCCGCCAGAACAUGCACCUGAUCGUGCACCAGCGCACGCACACGGGCGAGAAGCCGUACGUGUGCGGUGAGUGCGGGCGCGCCUUCCGCCAGAACAUGCACCUGACGGAGCACCAGCGCACGCACACGGGCGAGAAGCCGUACGCGUGCGGGGACUGCGGCCGCGCCUUCAACAAGAGCUCGUCGCUGACGCUGCACCGGCGCAACCACACGGGCGAGAAGCCGUACGCGUGCGGCGAGUGCGGCAAGGCCUUCAGCCAGAGCGCCUACCUGAUCCAGCACCAGAGGCUGCACAUCGGGGUGAAGCCUUUCGAGUGCGGCCAGUGCGGCAAGGCCUUUAGCAAGAACUCCGCGCUGACGCAGCACCAGCGCAUCCACACCGGCGAGAAGCCGUACGCCUGCUACAUCUGCAGGAAGCACUUCACGGGCCGCUCGUCUCUGGCGGUGCACCAGAUGGGCCACACCGGCGAGAAGCCGUACGCGUGCGGCGAGUGCGGGAAGGCCUUCAGCCAGAGCGCCUACCUCAUCGAGCACCAGCGCAUCCACACGGGCGAGAAGCCGUACCGGUGCGCGCAGUGCGGCAAGGCCUUCAUCAAGAACUCCUCGCUCACGGUGCACCAGAGGAUCCACACCGGGGAGAAGCCCUACCGGUGCGGCGAGUGCGGGAAGACCUUCAGCCGGAACACCAACCUCACGCGGCACCUGAGGAUCCACACCUAGGGAGCUUGGCGCGCCCCAGGCUACACCAGGUGGGCGGGGUCCUUAGCACGGGCCGUCGGCUCCGGGAGUUCUCAAGUGGGGGCCCAGGGUGGCGCAGCCCCGCGGCUCUUAGGAAUUGUGGGGAUCUUGGUUCCCACGCGCUCCUUCCCGGCCGGGCGUCCACACCUCCGAGCCGGAGGGCAAGUUCCUCCGUGCCCAGUGUACUUGGGAACGUUGCAAGGUUGGCUGUGGCUGGGAACUCACGGGAGUUCCAGGAACGGAGCGCGUCAGGGUUCGAGACCAAAAGCACAAAGUAAAUUUUAAGCGCUGAGAUGGAGCCCCCGGUCGGUCUCCGUUCAGAUAGUAAAGUUGGGGAGAGGCGUACAGGACUUGGUAAGAGCGUGGGGACGUUUCUCCCCUUGUCACACACGCCCUCGGUCUAGUCCAGACGUAGGUUGUCUGUGAGUUUCCUCUUUGGGAAGAGCUAGAGGGGGGCCCUUCGUCGUCCUUCCACAUCCCAGCCCCCCUGCAGUCUCCCUAAACCGUACUGGAAGCCCCCUACCCCCAGGCUGAUAAGCGGUAGAAGUUGGCAAGUUCGUGAGAGGAAAAAAUGUGUUUUUCAGAGUUAGCAAUAACAGUAACCACUUUGGAUGCCAAAGUUUCUCAUAGUGGUCUGUUAAAUUGUUCUUUUAAUAAAACUUUUCGUGAAGGGAGACCAAUGUCAUCUUAAACAGUCAUCAGGUGAGAAAGAUACAGGUACCAGGUGUGCUGUCAAGGUCGGUUUCAGUGCUUGUGGGAGAGGGCAGGGGAGCGAGUAACAACAGGCUUGAUAUUCAGGUUUAAAUACUUAACCGGAUUCAAUAAGUUGCGCAUCUGAGUCUCUUUACGUAGUUAUUUUUUGCACUUAAACUUGAAGGAGCCUCCUAAGGCUGACCUGAAGCUUUGUGUUCACAUAGAGUUCCCCCAGUCUCCCCUCUCCGGGACCUCUUCCACCACCUUUUUAUUUUAAUGUUCUGUGCUACUGGUCGCAAAUGUCCUGGCGUGUCUGAAUGUCUCACACUUCCUGACGCCGGGGUUCACAAAGAAUAAAUAAUUCAUUUUAAGCAACCGCUUAUAUCAGUAAGCACAUUUCGUGUUGCAGGUAGAAAAAACAGCCAUGUAGAAACAUGGACAGUUUUUGAAUGUCCGUCAGGCUGCAGGCAUCAGGGUGGGCUUGAUCCAGACACACGGCGCGUCAGAACCACAGCUCUGCCUCCCCGUGGUCCGCUGGCUCUCCCUUCACGCGCUGGCUUCUUCCUCAGGCUGGCUUCCCUUGUGGUUUCAUGGUGGUUUCCAGCAGCUCCUCUUGACACACUUAGUCUCGUCCAGAUGGGGACAGACCUCUUCCAGUCAUUGGCGAAAAAGCCCUACGCUUCAUUCCGCUGGACUCACCAGGGACUGAUUGUUCUGACUAGAGAAAUGCCGUGUGCUGAUUGGCUUAGAUACGGGUCUCGCCCUCAUCCUUGAAAUAGUAGCUGUGGAAGGGGAAUGAAUGGGAGUGACUGCCCAGAUCGGCCUGAAACCACUGUCCACCCCUGACGUGGGCGUGGGGUCCGUUCCGCCCAGGUCACAGUCAGGGAGAAGCGGGAUGACACGGAGAAGCCGGCCCCAGCGUCAUCCGAUGGCCUCUCUGGCUUUUGUUGUGACAGUGAGGUCCUGCUGCGCGUGACAUUUUCUUUGGGGAGCCUUCUCAUUGCCUCGGUCACCACGACAGCCCCCGGUCCUGGCCGUCCUCUGUGCUCUCUUGACCACGGGAUGGGGGCAGGGCCCAGAGACACUGAGAGGCUCUGGGUCACAUCUGUUUGCACCAGCUUUCGUCGCCAUGCCCCCAUUCCCGUCGGCAAGAACAGAUGUCAGGUGACCAGGUUUCCUACUUGGUGGGGGGCAGGGGUGGCCGAGUGAGUGACUGUGACCCACAGGGCAAGUGUGAGCCUUGGAUGGAUCGAAGGUGAGCCCCAGCUGUGAGCGAGUGAGUUCCUUCUAACGCUCUGUGCUGCGGUUCCCUCUGCUUUAAAAAGGGGGUAGAGGGCAUCGCCGAAGUCGAUUGAUAGGAUAGUGGGGGACAGGCUAAGCUGCAGGUCCUGGCAACACAGAGCCUCAGACAGCAGAGCCCCCAGCCUCUCUGUCUCUCUCCUGCUCCCUCGCUUCUCUCUCAGUCUCAGACCAAAACAUCCACCCAGUCCCACUCCUUGUGGUCACUUAGGACCUACAUCCCGUCCACCCCUGAGGACGCAGGGCUGGUCAGAGCUGGCUGCCAGCUACCAUGGGCGUUCCAGCGGCAGGUCAGGGGAGGCAGCCUGGAGGAGGUAAGUCUGACCAACAUCUUAGCACCGGACCGGAAGUGGCCCAGUGUCUCUCACCGUCUGCCACACCUUUGACAGCUGCCUCCCCUCAGACCUACAUGGAGGCUGGGAGGUGUCGUCCAGGGGUGUUUCCAGGACGGAGUGGAGACAGCCAGCCCUCAGGCUGCACCCUGAGGACCUGUCCAGGCAGAUCGUGCAGUCAGGCAGGGGCAUGAGACAUGGUCUUUCAAUAAAACGAGCACAUGGAACUUGGCGACCUCCUAGGCCCCCCAGUAGGAGCUAAGGGUCGGGGUCUCUGAUGGUUUGGCCUAGCAGCCACGUUGCCACCCUCCUCCUGUGCUUCCCUCCCAUCACCUCCUACUCAUGAGAUGGGACACUCAGCCUCUCCCUGCUAGACCUUUCCACACCCGGCCCAGUCCUCUCAUAAAAUGGGAAAGGACGGGGAGGAGGGGCGUGAGAGCACCCUCUUCUCUCAGCACCACCCGGUCCCUGGUAGGUCAGGACGGGAUGCGGGUAACUGAGACCUUGGACAGAGACAAGCCCUGGGGAGUUAUCAGAGGCCCGUGGUCACUGUCCAGCAUUAUUCACUGGGGGCCUGCACACAGAUCCAGACUGGUGAUGGCCAGGAAUCUCCUGGAAGUUUUGGAAUUUCAGGAGAGGUGCAAACCAUCCUCUCCCAAAUCGUAGAUUUAUGACCCCCCGACAUACUGAAUGGGAUGCUUGUGAACAUAAAGUGCUUUGAGUCAGGCAGACUUAUUGUCUAAUAUAUGCCUCAUCC